CUCCCCCUUCACCCCCCCUCCACAUACCACACACACACAUGACCUCAACACCAUCACCCGUUGCUGUGGUUCUCGCCGUGGCGCUGCUUGCUACCCUAACCAUGGCCACCACCACCACCAACACAACAUGGUUCACCGCAUCGCUCGACGGAAACAUUUACGCCCUGGACCCGGAGAAUGGCUCGCUGGAUCCGCGUGGCUCGUUCAGCUGGAACGGGACAGAUGAGCUGCAGCUGACCCUGUCGCAGUCGGUGGCGGCGGGCGAUGCUGCGGGCGAGAGAGCCUACUUUGCCGCAAACAACGUGGGCGAGACUCCGGCGGCAGUCAUUGUGGCCGUUGACGUCUCGGUCACGCCAGUCACCUUUGUCCAGUCGCAGAUCUACCCGUUCUACGUCGACGUCAUCCAUGUUGACGGCGAUGACCUCGUGGUCCUCGCAAACUUGGGCAACGAAGCCAUCCAGCUCAAGGCCAUCGAUGCAACGAGCCUCAAGGUGCUGCACAACCUCACGACGCCCAUCUACGACGUCGAGCUUGUGCCAGGCGCUGGCUCGGCCUUUAACGCCGAAGCCAACAUUUUCACCGUCCAGCUCUACUCGUUCAAGUACGGCAUUCGGCUGGUGAGCCUCAACGUGAGCGCGCACAACAACACCAUUCUGUACUUUCCGCAGAUGGUGGCCGCCGUCGUCAAGAUGGCGUACUCGCCGCAGCACGACGCCGUGUUUGGCAUUGUCGGUGGCGGCGUGCUCCCGGUCUUUGGCUACCUCAUCUCGCCGAUCACCGGAGCCUUCUCGGACCGCCACCAGCUCACCGACGGCCUCGGCGCCUUUGCUGACCUCUCCUACGGCUUUUCCGCCGCCACCGGCGACGUCCUCAUCGGCGUACCGCGCUACUCGGGCUCGACAGACUUUACGCUCGCCACCACCGCCACCAUCCCGUUCCAGACCGCCGCCAAGUUCUCGCUGCCGUAUCUGGCGACGCAGAUCGUCGUCGCCAUGGCUUGACCGCCGCAGCUGUAACAUCAUGUCCCUGGGCAGCAGCUGUCUGCUGCCGGCGCCCGUGCCUC